UGUGGCCCAUCGAGGCCACACUUUUUCCGUGAAAAGUCGACCUCGCUCGCUCCAAGUCGACCGCCGCCGCAUCCCCCGUUUCCACCGCCGUAGCCCUGCUCUUCGAUCUACGCCGCCGCCACCACCACCGCUGUUGGUCUACGCUCGGAGCCACCGCUGCCCAUUGUCUUCUCCACUCUCCACUGCUGUCACCAGAAUCACCACCGUUGCAGCCUCGAUCUGAACCGGCGCCACCAAGACAAUCUUAUCUACGCCCAUGGUUGUCUCCGACCCAAUGACAAAAUAAGUAGGAGAGAUCGUCGCCGAAAUAAACGAUAAACCUUGAAGAGUUUCGGCGAUGAGCCUCCUGCGGCGGUUCGUGUUUAUGGUGGCGAAGGGCUCUUGGCGAGGCAACGAACAGUUCUACAUCCUACGCCGUAUCAACAUGUCGCGCUUCUUCUAUCCAGGUCAGGUGCCACGUCUGCUCGUUCCCGGCAUCGAGGAGGCUCCCCUGCCUCCGACACGCGCGAGAUUUUGUGCUAGGGAACUUGUCAAUGGCCACAUGGAUUUUAUGCUGCUCGCGCGCGACAAGGUGUUGGCCGUGGAAGCAACUGGCCGCACCACCAUCUACGACGACAGCUUCCGCGUCGUGAGAAGCGGCCCUGUUCUCAAGGCACCCUUGUACUGGCCCAUCUCCGUACCUGUCGACGACAGCGGCGUCUACGUCCUCGACAGCAAACACUGCUUCCAGAAGUUAGUCCACGGCAAUUCCUCAUUUGAGGAUUGGACCUGCGAGGCACUCCCGGCGGCGCCCCGAGAAGUGCGCGGUGGAUCCCGCCGAGCCUACGCCGUGGUCGGCGGCAACAGCAUCUGGAUCUCCAACGACGGCGACGGCACGUAUGCAUACGACAUCUCGCGCCUCGCAUGGGCGAAGCAUGCAGAGUGGGCGCUCCCUUUCUCCGGCCGCGCGGAGUAUGUCUCCGAGCACAAGCUCUGGUUCGGGCUUGCAAGGAAUAGCACAGGUAACCCCAUGUGCGCCUGUGACCUCGCCGCUGCCGCCGAACAGGGUUCUCCGCCGGUCCAGCGCAACAUCUGGCAGCAAGAUGUCAGGCCGCGAAAGGGGUGGGUGCCUCGUUACUCCAACCUCUUGCACCUGGGCUCCGCUAGGUUCUGCAUCGUCAGGAUUUUCGCCAAGCCAUCGCCGGAGACGGAGUACAAGUCAGAGUGGGACGGGCCCAAGCGUGAGGAAGUGUUCGCCGUCCUGACCGCCGUCGAGGUGGUGCGGUCCGGCGAGCUUGGCAAAGGGCUUCGGAUGGUCAAGCACAAAUCUGUCCGCUAUAGCCUCGGAGAUGGAUACUGCAAGGUUCAACCGCUCAUGGUGUAUUAAUUAGGGGGCUGUUAUUGUGAAAUUGCCGGUCAUUCGCAUGUGGCUGCUUGUGUGGUUUUGGCUGAACAUGGUGCUCUUAAUUAAAUUCUAAAACUGGUUUUAUUAGUCAUAUAACAUGUGUGAAUGCAUGGGCUAUUUAUCUUUCGAUAA